CGGUCCCGUGAUCACUAUGGCUGCCUUCAGCAAAAGUAUCCCGCACAGCUGCUAUGAGAUCGGGCACACCUGGAACACUUCCUGCUCCAAGUCUACGCUGCAGGUCACUGUGGGGGCUUUGCAGGAGUCCCUGAAAAUCUAUGCGCCUCUUUACAUCAUUGCAGCAAUCCUGCGAAGGCGGAAGUUAGACUACUAUAUUCACAAACUGCUCCCUGAGAUCCUCCAAUCGACCUCCUUCCUUACUGCAAAUGGUGGCCUCUAUAUUAUGUUUUUCUGUAUCCUCAGAAAACUGCUUGGGAAGUUCUACAUAUGGUCUGCAGGAUUUGGUGCAGCUUUGCCUGCUUCAUAUUGUUUUUUAUUGGUUUACAGGAGAGGCCUCUUGACAAUUUAUAUGGCUAACUUGGCAACAGAAAGUAUAUUUCGAAUGGCUGUAACAAGGGGUCUUAUCACACCAGUUAAGCAUGGGGAGGUCCUGUUGUUUUGCUUCACGGCUGCCCUGUACAUGUUCUUCUUUAGGUGCAAAGAUGGCCUCAAGGGAUUUACUUUCUCUGCACUCAAAUUUAUUGUUGGAAAGGAAGAAAUUCCAACACAUUCAGUUGCGGAACACCGGAAUCCCAGUUCAACCAGUAGCUACGUCACUGAGCACCAGGUACUCGAAGAUCGAACGAAGGAAACCAAGAAAUCUUUGAUAGCAUUGACUAGACAACUUAUCGACAGAAUUUGCAAACGUGGCCCAAGACACAGAUGUUGUAAGCAUUAUGAAGACAACUGCAUUUCCUACUGUGUUAAAGGUUUUAUACGGAUGUUCAGUGUUGGCUACCUUAUUCAGUGCUGCCUUCGUAUUCCAUCUGCAUUUAGACACUUGUUUACAAAGCCUUCCCGGUUGUUGUCUGCUUUGUACAAUAAAGAAAAUUUCCAACUUGGAGCUUUUCUAGGAUCCUUUGUUAGCAUUUAUAAGGGCACUAGCUGCUUCCUCCGAUGGGUAAGAAAUUUGGAUGAUGAGCUUCACGCAUUGAUUGCUGGUUUCUUAGCUGGAAUGUCCAUGAUGUUUUACAAAAGCACAACUAUCUCCAUGUACCUGGCUUCCAAACUUGUGGAGACACUGUAUUUCAAAGGCAUUGAAGCAGGAAAAUGUCCAUACAUUGCAAAUGCAGACACCAUCAUCUAUGCAAUUUCCACAGCUGUAUGUUUUCAAGCGGCAGUGAUGGAAGUUCAUAACCUCCGGCCUUCCUACUGGAAAUUUCUGUUGAGGCUUACAAAGGGAAGGUUUGCUUUGAUGAACAGAAGGGCAUUGGAUGUUUUUGGUACACAUGCCUCGAGGGACUUUAAAGGAUUCAUCCCAAGGCUGGAUCCAAGAUACACUCUUGUGAAACCAGAACUUGAACUUGAAUUCAAUUCCUGAUUACUGUAUGAUGGGUCAGGAAAGACAUUCUUUGGAAUGGUCCAGGUUCAUAGGGCAGGUUUAACGCAGGAAGUUAUUAUUUCCAAUGUUUUACCUGGGGGAAGGGGUGGGGGGGGGGGGGGUCGAUAUUCUUGCAGUUUUCUUUAAGGGCUAUCUAAUUGCGCCUCUCUUCUGAUGUAAAAUGUGAAUGCAUUAAGCACUUAAUCUUUGGAAGUUUAAUUGUUCUUGUUAAUUGAUUAUUCCAUUUUUGUUACAAUUUUUGCUAGUUAUUUUAAAUAUGAUAUUUGGGUGUCCUAUUAAUUCCAUUUAUGCCAACUGCUUGUUUGCAGGGUAUUGGCUAUUUUAUAUAUGCCAAUGCUAAUGGUUCUUCUGUGAAAUUGAUUUCUUUUUGCAAAGUCUGUAGUAAUUGGUUCAUUCCUUAUCGCCAAUGGUUGAUUGAUGAAUAAAAUAAACAAAAUGUGAUGAAAAUAAUUUGCAUCCUGCAGUGUAAAUUGCAACACCAAUUGACACUGCUAAAGAAAUAUUAUUGUUUUUGAUAUUAAAUUGCUCUAUUAUGUUAAAUAUUUAAAGACCUAUUCAUUUGUUAUGUAAUUGAUAUAUUUACCCUAAACCUCAAUCCAUACUUGUAACUUAAUGAAGUCUUAGCCCUAAUUCCUAUUGACGAAUAUUUUUUACUUCUAAAUGACAAAUUUUGGUACUCUGGUGUAUUAUAAAAUUAUAAAAAAGAUGGUUAAUUUUCCUGUAAAUGUAAUAGUGUAUUUCAGGCAAAAAGCAAUUCAUUAAAAAAAAAUAAACAAAAAACAUUCAGUCAGAUUUUUUUCUUAGGAAUUUACCCAACGGCCUCUUAUGAUAAUUGAGUUUCACUGAGCUUUUAGCAAUAGGAACUUUAGUUUAUGAAAAUCAACAAUUACCAUUCAGAAUGGCAUCAGUGAGUAUAUAGUACAAGAACUGAAUUUCCAAAUAUUGAAAACUUACAGUAAAGACAUGUUCUUAUUAAAUUUUAUGUUUGAUACCAUGUUGAAAAAAAUUAGGAACUUUUAUUUUUGGGACAUAGAUUGUAUUGGUGUAAAAGCCUUUGGCUUGAAGAACAUAAAUCUGUAAGAAACCUUUAUUUCCUCAGAUGAUGAUGUGUAACUCAAGCUGUUUCAAAAACCUGCAAUGGAAACCAGAUGUUUGCUGUGGCACACAGAUGAUGACAGUUAGAAUAGUGGAGCAUUGACCCAUAUGUGCAUAUUAUUAAAGAAGUCCCGGUUUCCACGAAUAACCUUGAAAUCUAAUUGUGAACUGGACCACUUUCCAGUUCCAGUUUGUGUGAAGUUAGAAAGCAAAAUGCUUUUGUUUUCAACAGGCUUAUUUAAGGAUUAUGACUAUCUUCAACCAUUUUGGUGGUUUACAUUUAACACAAAUGGCUGGCAUUGAGAGAACUAUGACUUCUGUUGCAUCAAAUUGCAGUAUGUAUGGUUAAUAACCAAUAUAGUUACAGAUGUCAAAAUACCUCAUUAAGUAAAAUAUCACAGUACCUGAUCUGGAUGCAAGAUGCUUUGCUUGUUUUGAAAAGAAUUGUGAAUAUUAGAACCAUAGAAAAAUACAUAGAAAAAUAUUAAGAUUAUUUGAAUUAUUAGAUGAUUAGAGAUUCUCACUAGUAUAUACUGGAAUGUUAUUGUUGAAGAAUUCAUUUAGCAACAUGUCAACCUUUCAAAGGAAUUCAUGUUCUUUGUGGAUUGAUUUUAGUCUAUUUGUAACGAGCUACCAAGGAAUAGAAGGUAGUUUAUAACAGCUUGUGUAUAGCCUGUUAGUGCAAAAGGCACAGUUUGUUGCUUUUGUUAGUGCUCCAUUUAUCAAUGCUGACUUAAACCUCUGCCUGGAAAGCUGGAGUUUGACAACAAAAGGAGACAAGGGGGUGAAUCUCAUCCAUUGUUAGCAGAUUCCUUCGGUGGUUUGUAUAAAAUGUUCUCUGUGUAGAAGGAGGAUAAAACAACUCUGGAGACAAAGCUAUACCAUGUAAUUAUGUUCAAUUUUGUAAAGAAGGAAUAGAAAACUCAAAUUUGUAAGUCGUGAUAAAUCUCAAGCUACAUCUUAAUAACUUUGUAUAAUAUAAAUUUUAACAAUUAAAUUACCA